AUGGGUAAUCUAGCAAAACUAAGAGAGCAGUUGCGCAAAGAUCAGAAUAUAAAUUUACUGAAUGCCAAUGGCAAUACUACUGAUGACAUUGUUGGUGCAUCUAAACUCGCACUUAGUGAUGGAGAACAGCUUUCGUUAGAUGAGAAAACAGAUUUCCAAGUAGAAGACACCCCAAUUACCCUCAGAACGGUUUACAAUUGUUGGAUACAUAAGGAUUCCAGCGCAGCAGAAUACUUGGCCGACUGCCAAGCGAAGGGCCUCACAAAUAUCUCUUUCCUACAGAGAACAGAUUUGAUCAACUGGCUUUCUGGACAAAGCGAAUCUUCCCAGUUUAUAUCUGUGGCCGGGAAGGAUCACGAGAAAUCAGAGUCUGCCGUUGUCAAGGAGAAAGAAGAGGACACUAUCAAGGACCCAGUUUUACAAGAGGCUCUGGCUCACGAAAGAGUGUUGCUAGAUCACAAUUCUUGUCUCAGAGGCACCAAGCCAACAAACUUUGGGUAUUUGAUAAAAGAAGCCGAGUUGAAAUUGGUUCAUUCUCUCAAGAGCUCUCGCCGUCCUCAAAAGACUGGGGAGCGUGCCGGUGUCUCCAAGACCUCGUCUAAGACCCCCGCCAAAAAAGAUCCCAUUAUCCUCAUACCAUCUGCCGCAUCCUCCAUUUUCACCAUUGCCAACAUCAAGAGAUUUUUGGAAGAGUCGGUAUACGUACAUCCUCGGGACAUGCCACCUGCCCAGUCAGACGUAACCAGCGUGGUAAAGAAGUUUGACCGUUUCGGCAAGCCCAUCAAGUUCCUGAUAGUCAACAACACGCGUCUAUUCACAAAACCAGAAUACUGGGAUCGCGUCGUGGCCGUGUUCACCACGGGUCACGCCUGGCAGUUCAGCAAUUACCAAUGGUCAACGCCCACAGAAUUAUUCCAACACUGCAGGGGUUACUACUUUUACUUUGCAGGCGAUGUGGUGCCCCAUCACGUGGAGCAGUGGAACGUGCAAAAGGUGGAAUUGGAGAAGAACAAGCGGUUCAGAGACGUUGAGGUGCUGAGAUACUUUUGGAACUCCAUGGAGAAGGAGCUGGUUGCAAGAGGUUACCGCUAG